CUCAUUGAUUCUCCAUCUGCUCCGUUGGACUGUUCACAAAAUCGCAAGCCUAUUUAACCAGCAACGCUUGGCACACCACGAACUGCGACAGUGAGGCAAAGAGGGGAAGGCAGAGACGCAAGGGUGAGAUGGAGAUCAUCAGCACAGUGCUGGGCUCAACGGCGGAGUACGCGGUCACCUUGGUGGCCAUGGCUGUGGGGCUCCUGCUGUUGGGCUACUUGUACGAGCCAUACUGGAAAGUGCGGCACGUGCCGGGCCCCGUGCCCCUGCCGUUCAUCGGCCACCUCCACCUGCUCGCCAUGCACGGGCCGGACGUGUUCACCGUGCUCGCAAGGAAGUACGGUCCUGUCUUCAGAUUUCACAUGGGAAGACAACCAUUGGUCAUGGUGGCGGAUGCCGAGCUGUGCAAGGAAGUGGGCGUAAAGAAAUUCAAGAGCAUUCCUAACCGAAGCAUGCCCUCAGCCAUUGCCAAUUCUCUUAUUAAUCAGAAAGGCCUGUGCUUCACAAGGGGUUCGAGGUGGACGGCGUUGCGAAACAUGAUCAUCUCCAUCUACCAGCCGUCUCACCUGGCUAGCCUGAUCCCCACCAUGCAGUCGUGCAUUGAGUGCGUGUCCAAGAACCUUGAUGGCCAAGAGGACAUAACAUUCUCCGAUCUCGCUCUCGGCUUCGCCACCGAUGUCAUCGGCCAGGCGGCGUUCGGAACGGACUUUGGCCUGUCAAAAAUAUCAGCAUCUUCGAAUGACGACGACAUCGACAAGAUCGCCACUGAUACCAGCGCGGAGGCCAAGGCAUCAUCGGAGUUCAUCAGGAUGCACGUGCACGCGACCACGUCUCUCAAGAUGGACCUGUCCGGCUCACUGUCCAUCAUCAUCGGCCAACUCCUGCCAUUCCUCCAAGAGCCGUUCCGGCAGGUGCUCAAGAGGAUUCCCUGGACGGCGGACCACGAGAUCGACCAUGUGAACCUCGCGCUCGGGGGACAGAUGGACAAAAUCGUUGCCGAGAGAGCGGCGGCAAUGGAGCGCGACCAGGCAGCGCCGCAUGCGCAGCAGCGCAAGGACUUCCUGUCCGUCGUCCUCGCGGCGAGAGAGUCGAACAAAUCCUGGCGGGAGCUUCUUACGCCGGACUACAUCAGCGCGCUCACUUACGAGCACCUCCUCGCCGGGUCGGCCACGACGGCGUUCACUCUCUCCACGGUGCUCUACCUCGUCUCCAAGCACCCGGAGGUGGAGGAGAAGUUGCUCAGGGAGAUUGACGGGUUCGGACCACACGACCAUGCGCCGACGGCCGAGGAUUUGCAGACCAAGUUCCCCUACCUUGAUCAGGUCGUGAAGGAAUCGAUGAGAUUCUACUUUUUAUCGCCAUUGAUAGCAAGGGAAACGUGCGAACAGGUUGAAAUUGGAGGAUAUGCCCUUCCAAAGGGAACAUGGGUGUGGCUGGCACCAGGAGUCCUAGCGAAGGAUCCCAAGAACUUCCCGGAGCCAGAGGUAUUCCGGCCGGAGCGGUUCGACCCCAACGGCGAGGAGGAGAAGAGGAGGCACCCAUACGCGUUCAUUCCGUUUGGGAUCGGGCCAAGGGCGUGCAUCGGCCAGAAGUUCUCCAUCCAGGAGAUCAAACUGUCAGUGAUCCAUCUGUACCGUAACUACGUGUUUCGGCACUCGCCCAGCAUGGAGUCACCUCUCGAGUUUCAGUACUCGAUCGUUUGCAACUUCAAGUACGGCGUCAAGCUUCGGGUCAUCAAGAGGCACACUGCAUAGGCACAUCAUCAGCAGAACUGUAUAUUUAUCAGUUCGAGCUAAGCGUCUGCAUUUAAUACUGUGUCAAAACAAAAGAACUGUCAACGGUUCACUUCGCCACUGCUAAAAUGGUACUCCUACUAGUAUUGUUCUACCAGUCCGAAGUCCAACACAGGCACAUAGCCCAGCUACGUUUAAUGGGGUCUCUUGUAAAAAAUUUGGAAAAAGUAUACUUUGGCUCCCAUAACUAUCGCCUGAGUAUGAUUCAUAUCCUCCAA